AUGGCGUCCUGGCUUGCAGCUGCUGCCUUGACGUUGCCACUGGCAAAGGUGGCCCUGCUGGAAGUGCGAUCAUGUUGCCCUUUGCCAAGAGGUGUCGAUCGAGUCCACCAUAUGAGGCGUCGUUUUCCGCUGGCGCUGCCUCUUCUGCCAGGCGCCUUUCUGCUUUGCCUGCUGCCCAUGGAAGCAGAUGGAGAGGAAGAUGAUGAAUCUGGAUGGAAGCUUUUGUAUGGUGAUGUCAUGAGGCCUCCUAGAGGCGCCUUGCUGCUGGCCAUCUGCGUAGCCAUUGGUGCAGGGCAAUGGGCAUCCACGCUGGGAUUCCCAGAGCUGUCCAGCACAAUGGGAGCGUUUUGUUUGGGAAGGUUGCACGGUUUCUUUGAGCUGCCACGCUGGAGCUUGAUCUUGGGACUGCCCCUGCUGCAGCUGCCAGAUCUGCUUGGACCCUGGCAGAUCCUGGGUAGCUGCUGCGGCCUGCUGCUGGGAGCAUCGCGACCCAAGCUGCAGUCCAGAGGCUUCUUUCAAGGAUUUCAUCAGAUUCCCCGGGAGAUCCCAGUCGAUGCAAGUUGGUCCUGGAUGCAAAUGUUGCUUGCAGUGUCACUUCUAGCUUUCCUCGGGCGUUUGCAGGACAAUUUCAAACUACAGACAUUGCUUCCCUGCUGCUGCUUGUGUACAGAGAUCUCGUUGUUGCACACCUACAGAAGGCUGCAGCAGGAGAACCACCGUUGGUACUGGUCAUCUUUCACUCUUGCCACUGCUGGUGCCCUCUGCUACCUUGCUCCUGUGAUGCUUCGCAGUGACGAUAUGACCUUCACCUUGCUUCCGCUGCUACAGGGCUGCUUGCUAGUUGGGAGCACAGCAUUCUUGGUUGCUUUGCGGAUGGUUCUGUUCGCCUACUCCCAGUGCGUUUUAAAUCUCCAAGCUGCGCUGGCUGCGCUUUUUUGGGCCGAGGAGUCGGACCUCGCCCUCGCAAGGAACGACAUCAAGGUGGGACUCAACCGUCGGGACCGGCGAGAAAGUUGGCACAGCAGAAACUCCAUGGUCGAGGGCCAACUUCAAAAGGAAGCACCGCGGCGGCCGAGCACACAGGAUGGUGUCAGCAACUCAAAUGAGUCGCUGUCUCUGGCAUCGUUGCUUUGCAAGCUGGGCAUCGCACUUCACGCCCUGCAUAGCUUCAACUGUCAACAAGCAGUUCAAGAACUCGCUUCCUUACCCAAGAGGCACUAUGAGACUAGCUAUGUGUUGGAUCUCGUGGGGUUAAGUUACUUUGAAUCUGCUGAUUACAAGAAGUCAGAGACGGCUUACAACCAGGCAUGGAGAAUAGAACCCUACCGUGUGGAAGGAUUGGAAUACUAUUCUUCGGCACUCUGGCACCUACGUCGAGAUGUGGAGCUAUGUAGAUUGGCCCAGCAAUGUUUGCAAUGGGAUCGACUGAAACCGCAAGUUUGGUGUGUCGUUGGCAACUGCUUUAGUUUGCAGAAAGAGCACGACGCAGCCAUCAAACUUUUCAAGCGGGCGAUACAGGUCGACUCAACUUUCACCUACGCCUAUACUCUUUGCGGCCAUGAAUUUGUGGCCUGCGAGAAGAUUGAUAAGGCGGUGGCAAUGUACGAAAACGCUUUGAACUUGGACCCUCGCCACUACAAUGCUUGGUGGGGCCUUGGUAACAUUUACCUUCGACAAGAAGAGCAUGAGAAUGCGAAGUAUCACUUUUACAAGGCCUUGCAGGUUAAUGCCAGCAACUCCGUGUUGCGGUGCUAUUUGGGUAUGGUUCUGAGCUCGUUGAAGCAGCCCCUGCUGGCGCUUGAGAGCUUUGACCAGGCAGCACAAGCAGAGCCACAAAACGGCAUGGCGUACUUCCAGAAAGCUUGCGUCCUCAUGAGUUUGGACAGAUUUGACGAAGCCCUCUCUGACCUGAAGAAGGUGAGAUGUUUGGCCCCAAAGGAAGCCUGUGUGCAUUUCCAGUUGGGCAAGGUCUACAUGAAGUUGCAGAAGGAUCGGAAGGCGCUCUUCCACUUCAACAUCGCCAUGGAUCUGAACCGCGACUCCAAGGACUACCACACCAUCAAGAUGCACAUCGAGAAGCUGCACAUCCGGGGCAUCAGCGAAGAGCCCACAGGAUCCACAGGAUCCACAGGUGAGGUGACUGGAUCGACUGGAUCGAGGAUGCUGAGUGCAGGCCCAGGUGCAGUUGUGGUGAGCUCUGCAAUCUCUUCGCCCACGCUCUAUGGACAAAGUUCCAGCCCGGCCUCCGCAUCUAGAGAGCCUCAACCCACACCGGUGCGAGGUUUGGCUGGAGGAUUCUGGAGCGGCGGCAGCGGAGGUCCAUCCGAGCGGCGUGCUCUACCUUACCCUGUUCAACGUCGAAACAGCCCGCUUUCCUGGGGAGGCCCUGGGUUUCGCAUCUGAGGGGGAAGCAACGCGCUGCCGCACAUCAAUACGCACCGAAAAAA